AGUGCUCGUCCGCAUUUCAGGCCUAUAAUCCGCGCGUGAUGGCGUUCCGUGCCACAAGAGUGCUCACGAGGCAUGCUCGACAACGUAGCUCGAGCGUAAUUGCACAGCUUCCACGUGUAACGAGGAGUGCCACCAGCACCACAGGUGGCAUCACCCAGCGGUUUUGCACGCCGACGCGGCGCGCAUUCGGCGCUGGCGGCCUCAGCGGCAGCGGACCGCCCGGCGCACACACGGACGCCUCCGCAUCGCGCCGCUCGUUCGGCGCGGGAAGCAUCGGCGGCCGACCGCGCGACGACGACGACGACGACGACGCGAAAUCAAUGAGACGGCAGAAGUUUGAUGCUUUCGUAGAACGCGGCAAGGAGCGGCUCGGCCCCGAGCGCGUCGAGCGCCUCGAGCGACUGAACGAGAAACGCAAGGUCCACGCGGCCUACGUCCGAGAGGCCGGCAAGGGCUCGGAGCUGUCCAUGAGCGAGCGCAUGAAGCGGCUCGUGUCGGCUUACGGGCCCUUGGCGCUCGGCUUCCACGUCACUACCGAGGUUGUUGUUUGUGGCCUCUUCUAUUUAGCCGUGGACCACGGCCUGGACGUGGGCGCGCUCCUGCGGGUGGUUGAAUCGAUGACGGGCACAGACAUGUCUACAGUCGUGUCUUCCGGCGCCGGGACCCUUGGAGUGGCCUACGCGCUCACGGUGGCGCUGACGGGCAUCCCGCGGACGUUUCUCACCAUCGCGGCGACGCCGUACAUCGCGCGGAAGCUCGGCUGGCGGCCCAAGAAGGAUGUAUGAAGCGACGCCGUCGACGCGAGGCGCCGAAAAAAAGGCCGUUGAUGCGGCGGCGAACGCCGUCGACGGGGCACAUAACUGUUGUGGUUGUCU